CACGUGUACUGCAUGGAGCCGUACCAUUAAAGACAUGCUUUUCCAUUCUAGUUCUCGUCGCUAGGGUUUCCACCGCCCCAUUGAUGAUCAAGCUCUAAUAUUCUGCCGCUAAAUCCAUGUAAUUAACCAUCAGCUUGUUACGAAAAUGAAGUUUGGAGCCAUAUUUACGGAGUAUUUGCUAGGAGAAAAAAUGAGCUCCUUUGAUCUCAACAAAUGCUCUCAUGUCGAGUACAAGAGGCUCAAGAAGGUCCUCAAAGUUUGUAGGCAUCAUUGUCAUGACGCUAAUAAUGGCGCCAGCUGUGGCGACGAGUUUCGAGUUAUUGAAGAAGAUCGUGAUCAGAACAAUACAGUUUCUGAUAUCUGUCGCUAUCGAUCCUGCCAAUGGUGUGAUGGAAUGUUCUUCAGCGAGAUAAUGAAAGAAGCUUCUGAUAUAACCGGGUGUAUUAGUUCUAGAGUCAGACAUCUUGUCCAGCUUCAUUGCAAUACUGGUAUGCAGAGAUACUUACUACACUUGUUUCAAUGUUUCAAAAAUGAUCAACAAGCACUCGUGCUGGAAGGGCAGAUGUUAAUCGAGUAUGUUAUCAUGAAUGCUAUAGCUCUUAGGAAAAUUCUUAAGAAAUACGACAAAGUGCACAACUCUGUAAGUGGCAUGAACUUCAGGUCUAAGCUGCAGGCUGAACACUUGGAGAUCUCACAAUCACCAUGGUUGAUUGAACUGGUGGCUUUUUAUAUGAAUUUCAGUGAAUCAAAUGAAAUGAUCUGCUAUGAGCUUUGCAGUUCUUUCUCUUGUGAUCUCAGCGUUACAGAUUCAGAACCUGUACUGAAAUUGGUGCUUCCAGAUUAUGCAGUUCUGGAAUACAAUCUAACUUGUGCUGUUUGCUUGCAUACUGUUUUUCAUCCAUACGCAUUGAGCUGUGGACAUAUCUUUUGCAAGAUGUGUGCUUGUUCAUCAGGCUCUGUUUUGAUGUUUGAAGGGGUGAAAUCUGCAAGCCCAAAGAUGAAAUGUCCAGUUUGCAGAGAGGAUGGAGUAUUUGGUAAUGCAGUACGCAUGACUGAACUAGAUUUACUUCUAAAACGAAGGUUUAGAAAAGAAUGGGAGGAAAGACUUGUUGAAGAACGCGAUGAAGAUGGUAAGCAAACUAAAGAGUUCUGGGAAUCACAAACAAGAUAUUUUACAGGAAUUUGAUGUGCGAUGACAAUAUUAGAAUCAUGUACAAGGUCAAGGUAGUACUUUAUAUUGUUGAUUAGGAGUCACAACUCACAAACAAGGCAUC